AUGGGUCUCUUUUUGGUGUACCCAAAUUUGCUGGGAGUUCAUAUGGGUCUUCAAAAGUUUCCACAUUUGGUAGAUGCUUCUGGCAAGUAUGUCACUGUUGAUGGAUGCAAAAGUGACCAGGGUAAAUUAAGUUCUAGGGCUGGUUUGUUCCAAUGGGCAGCUGCGCUACCUCGUUUUACCAGCAGGGGCAUUACAACGUUUGGAAAUCCUGUUGAAUCAGUGUCUCAGGAUUAUUCUUCAUCUGAAUCAAUAAUAACCUCUUCUCUUCCUCAUGUUGUUAGUGGUUGGUAUUACACUCUGCAGAUAUUAGAUAAGGAAGAUGUAGAGGAAGUGAGGAUGAAGAGAGAAAAAACUGAUAUAAAGCCUGGUUAUAUUGUGCAACUCAAAGUGGAAGUACCUGAGAACAAGCGACGCAUUUCAAUUCUGAAAGGCAUUGUCAUAGCAAGGCGUAAUGCUGGUUUAAACAAUACAUUCAGAAUUAGGAGACUUGUGGCUGGGGUUGGAGUUGAGUCUCUCUUCCUACUGUAUUCACCUAACAUAAAGGAGAUAAAGGUGCUGGAUAAGAAGAAAGUAAGGAGGGCCAAGCUUUACUAUCUCAGGGACAAAAUGAACGCGCUUAAGAAGCAAUAGAAGCUUGGUGACUAGUGGAAGAUCAACAAUUUUUUUGCAAAAAAAAAAAAAGUAAUGGGGUUGGCUCCCAAUGGCAAAAGAUCUCUUUUAACUCUUUGUGAUUUUGUUUUCUAUUUUUGAGUCAGGCUUAUUUUUUAGAUCUCUCUAAAAUGUUUAGGUGGGUGGAAGAGAUGAGGAUUCCAAAAGCGUUCUGGGAAAUUUGCCAAAUUUGUUAUCUUUGAGAUGUUCACAGCUUAUGCUGAGGUUAAGAAAUGUUACGAAAGUGAUUGUUGGUUUA